AUGAUGGGCAGGAAGGCUGGGGUGGAGAAGGCGAUGUUGACGGUGUUUAAGAGGAAUAAGGCGGCGAUGCAGUUCUAUGAGCGGUUGGGCUACGAGGAGGAUGAGUAUUCGCCCAGGCCGAAGAAGUUGAGGAAUGGCGUUGUCAAAGAGUUGGAUUAUUUGAUCUUGUCGAAGUCACUGAUCGGUGGGGUCAAGAAUCACCAGGAGGAGGGACAGAGGAAACGAAAAGCUGGAUGA